AUGAACAAGUAUACGGGCUUAAAGGAAGGAAAUGAAGACACUUUCACUACAAAUGUGAUCAUGCCUGUCCUUCUUACAGCAUUUCCUGGUAUCGCGAAUUCCAUUUUCCGCUGGGGAGGUGUGUUUCGACCAGGUCAGACCAUCUUUGUUCGUGCGCCGAAUGGUGAUUUGAUUUCCAUCACUAAUAGAUAUUUCUCUUUAGUUCCCAGGUUGUAUGGCAUGGAAAAACCAGAAAUUUCAAACAUUGCAGAGCAGAAUUUUAUCAAUGAUGAAGCCAAGAUCGCGAAUAUGAUGAAGAAAGGAUUGGACUAUUGGACUCCCUAUUAA